AUGUCAUCAAAGCCCACGAGCAAAGGUGGAAAGCAAAAUGAAUAUAUAAAGAGACAAAUUGCAUCGAGAAAAAAGCAUGAGGAUGAAAUUCCCGAAGAAUUCAAAAAAUCCGAAUUUUUUGAAAACUUAAAGAAAGAGAAGAAAUAUAAGCUCAAUGCCUUUAUGAUCAGAAUAGGCAAAGUCUUUGGGGAAGACUAUAAUCCUGAUGAUUAUAGGAACUUAAUAACCAUCGCUUAUUGGUUCUUUCAAAAUAAUCGAUGGGAUAAAUAUAAAGACAAGAUUGAAUGUGUGAAAGUUGACAAACGCGAAGGAACUGCAUUCAUCACGUUUACUGACGAACUUUUUAUAGAAUCAGACCCUCCUGAAGGUUUUAAAGUGAAAAAGAACGGAACAAUUGAAGGUAUUUUCUGUGGUGAACGUCAGACAAGAAGAGAUCUUUCUCUAUCUACAUCUUCAUCAGAGAACUCGACUUCUCAUGAUUCCUCAAGUUCAACACCACCUGUUCAAAGUCAAACUCCUUUGAACUCCCCUUUAAGAUCCCAAAUUCAAGAUGAUUCAUCUCCAAGUUGGAAUGCUUCAUCUCCAAGCUUGAAUGCUUCAUCUCCAAGCUUGAAUGCUUCGUUUAAUCCUGAAGAAACUCAGAAUCCUUUUGAUCAAUCAACUAACUCCGUUAGUCAAGAUUUAGUGUGUGAUGUUUCUCUCACUGAUUCACCAUUUGAUGGACUCAAUGAUCCAUUCGAAAAUUAUGGUGAUUCCUACUUAGAAGGAACUUAUGAUGGUGAGGUCUUCUAA